AUGACGAACCACUCGGAGCCGCCUACAAAGAAGAAGAAACCUCACAAUCGCAAGCUUUCCGAUGUGGGACGGACCUCCAUCAGCGAGAACCGAAAGUUGGCCCAAGCUUCCAGGACCCUCAAAGCUUGUGAUUUGUGUCGAAAACAAAAGACAAGGUGUUUUAGGUCUCCAGAAAACCCAUUAUCAUGUUUGCGAUGCACUUUUCUCAACAAACCAUGCUCGUUUGAGACAACACCCGAUACUAUCCCCACAAUACCCGAGCCCAACGGUGGAGACCCCACACUGAAGAAGUUGGACUUGAUCUAUUCCGGCAUCAAUGAGGUUCUUCGGAUCCUCAAGCACGGAGACGCAGCGUCUGCGUUGAGGAAAAGUGGCCAGGAGAGCAUUCCUCAUCACGAUCACAACUCCGACCAAGCAAAUUUCGAGGAUCAUCCCACCUUCCAGUCCCCCACCAAUUCCCUCAAGGCCUCCCCAUUCUCCAUUGUCACGAACCAGGUCUCCAGCCAUGAAAUUCCUACUCCCAUUCUCAAUUUGCUUGACUUGUCCACCAUCCAGACAUACCGAAAACACGAGGAUCUCAUCACCUUGAGCAUUCUCACCGAGCAAGAGACCAUUGAGUUAACCAGCAACUUCAGAAGAAACUAUGGGCGCUGGGUCCUGUUCCCAAAGAAUGUGGACACCAGGGAACUCGUGGAAAGAAUAAGAUUCAAGUCUCCGUUGUUGUUGACUACCUGCUGUUGCCUUUCAUUGAGGUUCUCUCUUAAUGGCCUUGACCCAGAUGAUGUCAAUACUGUUUCAAGAAAAAGAAAUACUUAUCGGCAAUUGGGCAAACAAUUGGUGAAAGAAGUAAACCAGUCCUUACUCAAAUACACCUCGUUAAAAGGCGAGAACGAUGGUGACAUUGAGUUUCUCCAGUCGUUGGUGAUCCUAUCGAUCUACUCCUUUUCUUUGACCUCAAUCAUGAAUGGCGUGGGUAAUAGAUCACUAGAGCAAGACAAUCAAGAACAUGGAGUUUUAUCAGACGACGGCCAUGAAAACAACUUGGAUAAUAUCAACCUCGAUCCAUGGUUUCUUUCGAGCGUGGGCCUCACAACAUUCUUAUCAAAAUCGACUUUUGGAAAGUUAUUUCAAAAAAUGAACGUUGGCGACAAGAACUUGUCUCAAUCGAUCCUUCUCGAUAACUCAGACUCUAACGAGUAUCAAACGUUGACGAUUCUUCGAAUCUAUAACCAUCUAUGCUUGGUCCACCUAAGCAAUUGCGUUUUCUCGGGUAGGAUGUGCGUGAUUGACGAGAUAAGGCUUAAUUACUGCACCUCCACCUUGGGACUUUCGUCGUCGACAAACUUUGACGGACGGAUGAUCAGCGAGAUUGGAAUAUUAUUGAUCACUUACAACUUCAUCCAGUUGAAUCUUAACAACAGUGGCAGUGAAGGAUGUUAUAUUUCGUUGGAGGAUUGUGAGAGCAAUUUUGAGGGCGUCAGGGAAGAACUUCGGGCCUGGUACGACCAAUGGGAGUAUUUGUUCGACCAAGCUCCAUUGCAGUUCGUCGAGUUAAACUAUGACUUUUGCAACUUGGUGAUCUAUUAUAGUUACAACUACCAAAAGUCGCUCUUGGUGACUACUGGCCAUACGAUUUCCCAGCUCGAUGAAAGGGCCAGCUUAUACGACGAGAACCACAUUGACUUUAUCUUUGGCUUCAGUGACAAGGAUUCCUUGGUCAAGAUGAUUCAACACGCGUACAAUGUUGUCAGGUUUGUGAACGUGAUUGAGAGCGAUUCGUAUUUUGCGUAUCUAUCGGACCAAGUGCAUUUUUGUUUCUAUUUCAGCGGAAUAUGCUUGAUCAAGCUCUUGAGGUUCGUGGUGGAGACGAAACAGACGGGGUUGUUAGCCAAAAUUGACCACAUGGAAAUCAGUGACUCGUUGGACGGUCCAGUGGGCGACAUCAAGGUGCUUAUCCACAAAUUCAAGAGUGUGGGGCAAGGCAACGAGGGUGAUGUGAUUACAAAGUACGAGAGAGGACUUACGCGGGGCUUGGAGGACCUCGAGCGUACUGGCUCGUGAUGGUGGUCAUGGGAUUGGUUGAUAAGCUCAAAACUUCGAGUGGCUGGUGUUGCACGGGCCGAGUUCUCAAGUGUCUGGAUAUUAUCACAAUUUAUCGGCCUUAGCUUUUUGUGUCUGGGGAACCUCCAGAACGGUGCUAUUUCCGUGGCACAAAACUCGGGAUCGUGACGAAAAAGGCUUGGUGCGGCAGCCGAGCGUGACUGGUGCACAAAUACGAGAUGCCCAGGCUUAGCACUGGUGCUAUGGCCGUGCCAACCACGCGUAUUCCGUAUGACAGCUUGCGGUUGGGGCAUUGCGUUCUCUCGGUGGGGACGCUUCUUUGUGCAGCGUGCACAUGGAGACUUCAACGGAAAUUCACCGGCCACCACAUGUGCAGCCAGACAUCAUUGUGAGAGCCACCAAGUGCCACCAAACAGCCAGAGUGUUUCCCUGGCCCUGAUCCUGGUGGGGCCUCCCCCAGCACUCGGUCCUGACCCCUACUCAGCAGCUGUACUCGG